UCAUACGGCGGAUUAAGAGGGGGCUGUAUUGAUUUGGGCAAGUUCUAAUCGGUACCGGAUUUGGAAAGGUUUUCGGAACCUGGGCCAGGAAAGGAGUGUAUACAACUGUGGGCAGUCGAAACCGCCCGUACAGGAUUCCUGUGAUCCAAUAAAACGGAGAGCCGGGGGGCCUCCGCAGGGGCUGCGAGGAGGGACAGGGGGAAUAGGAGAUCCGAACCGGGAUCGACAACACCGGACUCGGCCCGGGGGCGCAAGGGAACUGCCCGAAACGCCAGGGAGACAUCUAAUGUACUCGCUGUUUACGUCCUGGAUUAUUCGUGUUUUUUUUCCUAUCGACAAAAGGAAAUAAUCGGGAGGCUAUAAGGGGAUAUACCGUUAGUUUAUAUAUUUCCAAACAAGGAGCAAGCUAGCUGGCUAGCUAGCAAAGAACCGACGAAAAUACACCUCUGUUGAGCCGGACAAGUACUGCAAGGUUCGUGAAGUGUACGCUACGCUGCAGGAGGGAGAACUUGCUUGCAGGAUCGCCUAGCGCUAACUAGCCACCCGGCCUGCAGACAUGGGCAACGCGCCCACCGCCAAGAAGGGCAGCGACAUGGAAAGCGUGAAGGAGUUUCUUGCAAAAGCCAAAGAAGAUUUCCUGAAGAAAUGGGAGAUCCCAGCACAGAACACUGCGUCCCUGGACCAGUUUGAGCGGUUAAAGACGCUGGGCACCGGGUCCUUUGGACGUGUCAUGCUGGUCAAGCACAAAGAGACGGGUCAGCACUAUGCCAUGAAGAUCCUUGACAAACAGAAGGUGGUGAAGCUGAAACAGAUUGAACACACACUGAAUGAGAAGCGAAUCCUGCAGGCAGUCAGCUUCCCUUUCCUUGUCCGAGUGGAGUACUCCUUUAAGGACAACACUAACCUGUACAUGGUGAUGGAGUACGUCCCUGGAGGCGAGAUGUUCUCUCACCUGAGGAGAAUCGGCAGAUUCAGUGAACCCCAUGCUCGCUUCUAUGCCGCCCAAAUCGUGCUGACCUUCGAGUACCUACACUACCUGGACCUCAUCUACCGAGACCUGAAGCCAGAAAACCUGCUCAUUGACCAGCAGGGCUACAUACAGGUAACAGAUUUUGGAUUUGCCAAGCGGGUAAAGGGCAGGACCUGGACGCUCUGCGGCACUCCGGAGUACCUGGCUCCGGAAAUCAUCCUCAGCAAGGGUUAUAAUAAGGCAGUGGACUGGUGGGCUUUGGGGGUACUGAUUUACGAGAUGGCAGCAGGGUACCCCCCUUUCUUCGCCGACCAGCCCAUCCAGAUCUACGAGAAGAUAGUUUCGGGGAAGGUGCGCUUCCCCUCGCACUUCAGCUCGGACCUGAAGGACCUCCUGAGGAACCUGCUGCAGGUGGACCUGACCAAGCGCUUCGGCAACCUGAAGAAUGGUGUCAACGACAUCAAGGGUCACAAGUGGUUCGCCACCACGGACUGGAUCGCCAUCUACCAGAGGAAGGUGGAGGCCCCCUUCAUCCCCAAAUGCAAGGGCCCGGGGGACACCAGUAACUUUGACGACUACGAGGAGGAGGAGAUCCGGGUCUCCUUCACGGAAAAGUGCGGAAAGGAGUUCGCCGAGUUCUAGACCCACCCAGGGAGCUGCAGAGGGAGCGGAACGGACGGACACAGCGAGAGAGAGAGGGAGAAAGGAGGGAUAACGUAGAGUGGUAGUGAAGCUGAGGCACUCUUUCCUAUCUGAUAACAACCACCAGCCUGAGAGAGAGAGAGACAGAGAGAGACAUAGAG